AUGUCAUUGAUAAACAUUGGUAAACAAAUAACAAUUUAUGUUGGUUGGUCACUUUUAGCAAUUGGAAUAGUUGGAAAUGGAAUAAAUAUUUUUAUCUUUUCAAGUGUUCAAAAUUAUCGUCAAACUCCAUGUACAUUUUAUUUUCUCAUUUCAUCAAUUGAUAAUCUUUUAAUUUUAUUCGUAAAUCUUCUUUCUCGUAUUCUUAUUUUAGGAUAUGAAAUAGAUUUAACAAAAACAUCAUUAUUUUGGUGUAAAUUCCGUUCCUAUACGAUCAAUGUCUUUCCUCUAUCGUCAUUUUCAUAUUCAUGUUUAUCAUCUAUUGAUCAAUAUUUAUUAACAUCACGAAAUGUUCAAAUUCGUCGUUUAAGUCAAAUAAAAUAUUCCUAUCGAAUUGUAUUUUUUCUCACUCUAUUUUGGUUUAUUCACGCCAUUCCACAAAUACUCUUUUUCGAUAAUUCAUCUCAACAAACGUGUUCAAAUACAAAUCCUUCGUAUUCAAUUUAUAAUACAAUUUAUAUUUUAACAUUUAGUUCAACAUUUCCAAUUCUGAUUAUGAUUAUCUUUGGUUAUUUCACCUAUUGUAACAUUCAAUUGAUCAGAACUUUGAAUGAACAUCAAAUUGAUUAUCAAUUACUUCGAAUGACUUUAUUUCAAAUAAUUCUUAUUUUAAUAACUGUUGGUCCUUAUGGAAUAAAUCAUCUUUAUGAAUUAAUUCAAUCGUUUGUCAACAAAAACAAAUCGGAAAAUGAAUCAUUGAUUUCAACAAUCUUUUCUCUCUUGUAUUAUGUCAAUUUCUCAGGAAAUUGUUACAUGUUUUUAAUCUGUUCACGUCGAUUUCGUCGACAAGUCAAACAUCGACUUUUCUUCUUUCGAUAUAAACAAAAUCAAAUCAAUCCAACGCAAUGA